AUGAAUAUUAAUCAACAAGUACAGAAAAGAAUAGAAUGGUUACAAGAUUUAAUAUCACCUCUAUCAUCACAUCGUGAAAAGAAUGGAGGAGGAGGAGAUGAUGCGCAGAGAAACAUUUUAAAACAAAAUUUGGUACAACAUUUAUUAACUAUUACUACUCUACAUCAACAACAACAACAACAAAGUCAUAUUCAACAACAACUACAAGAUGUAUCACUAGUUUCACCAAGUGAUUUAGAGAACCUUUCAUUGAAUGAUGAACAAGAAAAUAGUCAUAGUAAUAGUAUUAUUGAUGGCAAUGAUGGUGAUAAUGAUAUUGAAACAAAUAUCAUUAUCAAUUCUUAUAAGAAUCAAUUAAAAGAAUGUAUACAGUUAUUAAAGUAUAAUGAUGAUCAGAACAAUCAGAACAACAAAUAUGGUGAAGAUAUAUACUUUAUACAACUUGAAUAUGUAUUUUAUAUUCAACAUUUAUUAUUGGAUAUUACCAAUCUAUUGGAAAAGGAUUUAAAUGUUAUAUUAUCUAUAAAUAGUCAAAAAACAAUUAAAUUAGCAAUGGAUAUAGUAGUUUGUUGGGGAAUAUCACCUUGUUUGGUUAGAGGGUUGGGAUUCCCUAUUGGUCAACGCGGUACUCCAAUAUCAAAAGAAAUGGUAGCACUUGGAGGAUCAUCACCCUAUUUCAACAAGAAUCAAUUACUUUCAUACAAGAUCAAUAAUGGAUACAUAUCUAAUCUCUUAUAUAUCAUCAUACAACAAUUUCUAAGAAUGCGAUCAAAUAUUGAUAUCAACUCUAUCAUUUUAUCAAGAUAUAUAUCUGAUAUAUUUGCAACUUUGAUUCAAUUAUUAAAUAUCAAUCAACAAUCCUCUCUAAAUGAUAAAGAUCAAACUUAUUGUAAAGAUCAAAUUGAUAAUAUUUUAUUUGGUAUUCAUCCAGAAUUAAUAUUUGAAAAUUUAACAUUAUUAUUAUCACCACAAUACGAUGAAAGAGAAAACAAAUCGAUUGCACCACCAGUAUUUGUUGUAAAGGUAGUUAAUUUACUAUUAUCAAAAUGUUUAACUAGACCACAUUCGUUAAAGGUUGUUUUGGGUACCAUUCUUUCACCUCAACCUGGAAAAGACCAAAAAUCAUCAAUCGAUCGUCUAGUAAAUUUAAUUACCACUUGUCCUUUAUCAAUACAACCAAAGGAAUAUUAUUCAAAAAUAUCAAAACAAUUAAUUGAUUUAUUACAUGUUAAAGACAAGGAAAGAGGUAGAUUAAUAGAAUGUGUUAUAACAAUCAUUGAAAAAAUGUUAGAAUUGGAACCAAAAUUAACAUUAGAGUAUGUGAUUGAUCCAAUUAUAAAACCACUACUUUUAUUUCAACAAUAUCAACCUACCAUUGAAACAACAACAACAAAUGAAACCAUGGUCGAUGAUGAAAAUGUUAAAGAAGAAGAAACUAUUAUCAAAGAAGUAGACAUUUUUUAUUGUUUGGAAGAUCUUCAUAAAAUCUUAACAGUCCUAUCUUUGAAUCAAACUUUAUUAGAACAUUUAACAAAUGUUAUACCAAUAUUAUUCCAAUUACAAUGUUUUUUAUCAAAAUCAAUAUCAUCAUUGAAAAUAUCAUGUAAAGAAAUCCUAUCAACUUAUUUUAAAUUUUAUAAUCGAUCAGUUGCUCAAUUAAAACAUUUAAUCUUACCUGAAAAGUUACAUCAACAACAAGAUAGAAUGGAAAUUGAUCAAUCUCAAUCAUCCUCAUCUUCAUCAACUACUUCUCCAACAAAACAACCAAUUUAUUUAGAAAUUAAUCAACCAACGGUUGAAGAGAAUGAUAGUACGGCGAUUAAAUGUUUAUCAUUUGCAAUGGGUGAAAGUGGAGGAGUUGUUGCCAAGUAUAUAGAUUAUUAUGAAAGAGAUUUUAGUUGGGAAGCAGAAUGUAUAGUGGAUAUUUUAAAGCAAAUGAAGAAUGAAUCGUUGGCUGGCGACUUGUUUGUCGACUUGGUCAACGAAUUUGCAAUGGUUGAAAAGAAUGUAAAGAAAAAAGACAGCAAGCGGUACUUUGUAUUGAUGCAACUCAUCAUUGUACUAAGUGAAGGUAUGGGUGCGGCGGCACUCAAAAACGUGGUACAAGUGGCCACAUUUGUAAAGGUCAUUCUUCAACGAGAGAUUGAUUCAAUGACAAAACGAAUGAAAAAGUUGUCAAGUGGUAAAGCAGUGUCGGUAGAGAGCGAACAAGAAGAAAACGAGCAAGUCGAUACUAUUACCCUUGCAUUGGGUAUCCUUUCAACUAUGCUCAGUGGAGAGGUCAAAGUCAGAAAAGAAGAGGAAAUAUUGGUUUAUGAUUUAGUUGGUUGUUUGGAACAAUUGUCACAACAUCCAAAUGAUAUUGUAUCAGUCAUGUCAUCACAAUUAAAAACAAUCAUUGAUGUUAAAAAACCAACUUGGUCAAUGGGCAGCAGUGACAAUGAUUCAUCAUCGUCAAGCUCUGUCAAUCCCAACGACAAAUUAAAAGAGAUAUUAGAUGAUUUAUCACAUCCAUUACUACCAGUAAGAGCUCAUGGUCUAAUUGAAUUACGUAGACUGGUACUCUCAAUGCGAUCGAACAAAAAUAAUGAUAAUAUUGUUAAAAGAAAUUUAGAUAAUAUUAUUACUAUUUUUAAAACUCAAUUAAAUGAUGAUGAUACAUUUAUUUAUACAUGUUCAAUUAAUGGAUUAAGUUCAAUUGGAGAUAUUUAUCCAAAUGAUAUUAUACCAAUAUUAAUUGAUCAAUUUAAAGAGACUAACAAAAACAAAGAAGAAAAGAGAAUGAAGAUUGGUGAAUCAUUGGUUCAAAUAUCGCAACGAUGUGGAGACACUUUACCCUACUAUGCACCAUCUUUGAUGAAUUGCUUCUUGGUUGGGUGUAGGGACAAGAGAGUUGGUGUUCGUGCAAGUAGUCUAUCUAACCUUGCAACCAUGUGCGAACUCUUAAAAUCCUUUGGUAUCGAUCAGUACCUCGUAGAAAUAUUGUCGUGUCUCAACUCGAUGCUCACAAGUGAAAGGGAGAUAGAGGUACGAAGAGGUGCCAUCUUUGUCUACCAACUGUUGCUUCGUGGAUUCGGCCUAGACGCCUUUAACCAAGGCUCUAGCAUGUCCCAAGAGCUGCAAACCACCUACCGACAAUUAAAAUAUCUCGAAUCGACCGAUCCCGAUCCAGUAUGCAAGUUUCAUGCACGAACUGCUCUCUCAGAGUUGGAAACCAUAACAAAAGAAUUUAUAUUUCCAAAUCAAUCAAAUGAAAAGGAAUAA